AUGUCUAAGCACAUGCGAGACAAAUACGUUGCGACGUGCAACAAAAGAAAGCGCGAAAAAGUGGUAGUGAACGCGGAAGAACCGCCAAGGAAUGCAGUGUCCGAUGCUGAACGCAUGAGGCAGUAUCGGCAACGGAAAAAGCUUGCGAGAGAGACUGAUGUUUCUGGUUCCGGCACUGAAACGGAUAGGAGUUCUCAGUUGGUCGCAGGUAUCGAUAUCAAUACGAAUGCGGAUAGAAGCGCUAACCACAUCAUGCGUGUGUCUGUCGCAAUUGAGGGCAUCUUUCUAGACGUGGAUGUCAGUUAUCAAGAGCAAGGAAGGAGAGUGCUGUUGGAGGCUGGAGACUUUGAGUCAGUUGCGGGAUUCAAGUUAUGCCAGACCUGUCGUAGCAGUUUGCAGCGAGGUACAGUACCAAAUCUGUCCACGUCGAACGGAUUCAAGUACCCAAGCUGUCCACCAGAUCUUCCGCCCUUGGAUCCGAUUAGCGAAAGGCUGAUUUCACCACGACUGCCGUUUAUGCAGAUUCGUCGUCUGCGCCAGGCACAAGGCAGUUACACCAUCAUUGGGCAGGUCAUCAAUGUUCCAGUAGAUGUAGAUGAGAUGGUUCGGGUGCUUCCUCGUCAGCUUGAAGACGAUUACGCUUUUAAUGUAUCAAUUAAAAAACAUCUAAUACAUAAAUCAAAUUACUUGUCUGGAUUCGUCAAGAAGUCGGUCGUGAAGGCUUGGCUUAAAUAUUUAGUCACCACACCAUUAUAUAAACGGGAAGGAAUAUCUCUGUGCGAGGAUCGACUAACAGCUUUUGGUGCGGACCAACAAUCUAGUUCAUCUCAAGAAAUGAGUAUGAUAGAAUUGGAAGUCAUUGAAGCAACCAACGAUGUCGAGUUGUUUGCUGGUCAGCAACAAACGCUGUUAUGGAAUGAAGAUAAAUGUCUGGAAAUUGCUCCGGCUCAAAACAAGAGGCCGAUGUCGAUUGUUUACGAUGAAAACGCUGAAGAGCUGUCUUUUCCAGAUAUCUAUUUGGGAUAUCCAAGAAAAUUCAAAGCUGGCGUUCACGUAACACCCUUCAUGAAGGCCACCAGUGAGCUGAGACGGAGUGAUAGACGUGGAGCCAAGCCGAAUCACUUACUGGCUAUGAAAAUUCUCCGUCUUCGAGUUACUGAGGGAUUGCAGCAUACCUACAAAUGUAUGGGAACUGCAAACAUAACGCGAGCCCAGCUGAGCGACAAAAGUUUCUUGGAGAAUCUCAUGGAACGAAAUCUGUCGUUUAUGAAAUCGAUUCCAAACUCAGUGCAGUAUUGGUAUCGACGUAAACAGGACCUUUUCGCCAUGAUUCGACAGCUGGGCAAGCCAACAAUGUUUCUGACGCUAAGCGCGAGCGAAACUCAAUGGCCACUAUUGUUGAAACAGCUGCACAAGCUCUCAAAUCAUUAUAACGGCAUCGAUUUAACAGAACCAUUGCGUGAGUUGAAUGCCUAUCAGCGAGCGACACUGGUCAAUGACGACCCAACCACUUGUUGUUUGUUCUUCAAUAAACUCGUUGAUGUCAUAAUGCAUAUUCUAUCUUCACCUAGAUUCAGUCCAUUUGGCAGCCAUUAUGUUAUUGAUUUUUUCAAGCGCAUUGAAUUUCAACACCGCGGCAGUCCACAUGCACACAUCAUGCUUUGGCUUGCAAAUGAUCCUCGUGAAACGGUUUCUGAGCAUAUGCCCGCCACCCUACAACUAAUCAGAACAGUUUGUUCUAUUAGUGUAGGGGAUCUACGUGAAACGUAUGGCAAACAGGUUCAUGGGCACACGCGUACUUGCUAUAAACGCAACGAGAAGCGGUGUCGAUUCAACAUACCAUACUGGCCAAUGAAUGAAGAACGGUCAUUGGUACCGCUAACAACUGAUGACAGUCGCCGUGGACGAUUACGCCGACGCUCCGCAGAGAUGCGGGAAUCACUGGAAACAAAAUCAUUUGACACUCUAGAGGAGUUUCUUGCAGAUUGCAGAUGUACUCCCGAUGAAUAUCUCGAUGUGCUCCGUUCUUCGAUACAGCGCCCAACAAUUUUCUUAAAGCGCUCAAUGACGGAACUCUGGACAAACCCUUUCAAUCCUUGGAUUGCAGAGAAACUGCGUUCCAACAUGGAUCUGCAGUUUAUCCUUGACGUGUACUCGUGUGCAUGUUACUUGGUUGACUACGUCAACAAAUCGAAUCGGGGCAUAAGUGGUUUACACCGCGAGCUCAUCCUUUUGCAAGAGCAGUAUCCUGAUCAGGACUACACGGCAUUACUGAAGAAGGUUAGUUUAAAAAUGCUGAACUCUGUAGAGAUGUGUGCCCAGGAAGCCGCAUGGUACCUUCUUCGUCUACCAAUGUCUGAGGCCAGCAGAAAAAUAGAGUUUCUGCCAACGAUGUGGCCUCACGAACGGACCAGGACCAGGAAGCAGCACAAGCAGAUGGACGACGAGGGAAUUGGAGAAGAUUCUACUGACGUGUGGACAAAGAAUAUUAUCCAGAAGUAUGAAGAGCGCGACGGAUUGGAUUAUGUUUGCUUGGCUGAUUUUGCUGCUAACUUCACCAAGUGUAGAAAUACAAACAGCUACAGAGCCCGAAGCUCACCGCGAAUAUUACGAUGGUGCAAUUAUAGCAUGAACGAACUUGUUGAGUACAAGCGCGAAUCAGUCCUUCUAUUCUUACCGUUUAGAAACGAAUUAUGCGAUGUUCUCGAUGGAAACAAGUUUCUUCAGCUGUAUAAUGCGCACGAGGCAGACAUCCUGAGAAAAAGGAGAGAAUACGACUGCGAAUUGAACUUGGAACAAACUGUCGAGGAAUAUCUACGCACUUGUGAGAACGAAGAAGCUGGCGAACAGGAGAACACCGCAACUAAGAAACAUGAAGAGUUUGUACAGUCGAUUGCCAUGGAACCAAACGAUGAUGACAUUGAGCAAUUACCAACUGGAACACUGAGAGCGGUUAUAAGACAACGAACCAACGUCAUGUCGAAGCAAGAUUACUGCGAUAUGGUACGAUCCACCAAUGCGGAACAGCGCGACUUAAUUUUGCACGUAAUCGAUUCGCUACACAGCUUCACCGAUAGCAAACCAAUGCAAUUAUUCUUCACUGGACCGGCUGGAUGCGGUAAAACAUUUACACUGCGAGUACUUAUGGAGACCUUCAACCGCUUCAGUCAAGCUCAUAACUCACAGAAGAAUGCCUACGUAGCAUGUGCUUCGACAGGAAAGGCAGCCGUUGCCAUUGGAGGAACUACCGUGCAUUCUGCAUUUCGCAUCACAAUGUCACGCCGUAGUAAUUCAAAGCUAAGCUUCGAAACACUCCAACUUUAUCGCAACGCUUUCACCAAUGUUAAAGCUAUUAUCAUAGAUGAGGUGAGCAUGAUUGGCGCAGAUGUACUCAACACCAUACACGCACGCCUUCAAGAUAUAACCGGAAACUACGAUGAUCCAUUCGGUGGAAUUAAUAUAAUAUUCUGCGGAGACUUACGGCAACUACCGCCAGUCAAUGCAAGACCCGUCUACAAGGCAUGUGGAAACUCAUUCCACGGGGCUGUCCUGUGGCAAUCGCUCGACUUUUUCCCGCUGGUAACAGUUAUGCGUCAAACCGAUAUCAAAUUUUCCGAUAUAUUGACCAAGAUCGGCAACGGUUUGCGAUUAACCGCAGAAGAAACCGAAUUGAUCGAGGGUCGUUUUCGCACAGCCGAAUGGUGCAAACAAAACGCACCAAGGGCAAUUAGACUUUAUCAUCGGAACGUGGAUGUAGAUCAAUACAACAACGAAGCAUUAAACGCACAUGAUGCACAAGACUGCAUUGCCGACGAUGUGUUUGCGGGAUACAAAAAUGCUGAUCAGCUCGCUAGUUCUCGUAUUAAGCUUUACAAGCUGAGCGUCGUGGAAACAGGAGGCAUGCCGUAUUUGCUACGCCUUUCAGUUGGUAUGCCUUAUAUGAUAACUACCAAUGUCGACGUUGAAGAUGGCGUAGUAAAUGGCGCUAUCGGUGAGCUGAAAUACGUUGAACAUGUUGAGGAUGACUCCGGACGACAUAUUGCCAAGCUGUGGAUGAAGUUCGAGAGCGAAGCUGUUGGAGCUGCUUUGAGGAUCAAGUCAAGACCAGCCGUUUAUUCUAGACCCGGUAUCCUGCAAUCUGAUUGGACUCCUAUUUCGAAGCGAUCUGCGAAUAUCAAACUAAGCGGCACCAUCAAAUGCAAGCGUAUCCAGUUUCCAGUCGUGAGUGCAUGUGCUCUGACUGUACACAAGUCACAGGGCGGCACAUUCUCUGAGAUUGUAUAUGACUACGACAAGAGCCAGGACCAGCAGCUGGUAUACGUUGGUUUGUCGCGUGUUUCAUCGCUUCAGGGUCUUUACCUGACUAAUCCCACCAAUGCCUUCAAGUUUCAUCACGCUAAGGGUUCUAAUUCACCGAAAAUGCAAGACCUGCGAAAUGAGCUGCAACGAUUAGGCAAUCAUCGUUUGCGUACACUUGGUGAUGAAUUAUGCGAGGUUAUAACGAAUAGUGAUCCUGCUAGUACGUUGAUAAGUCUCAAUGUACAAAGUUUGAAGGCCCACGCAAUGGAUAUCGCUACAGAUAGGAUUUUAGCUAGCGUAGACUUCCUCGCCUUUAGUGAAACCUGGCUAGACGAUUCUUUUUCAGUCGAGGUAGAAGGCUACAGUUGCGUCAUCCAAUCGAAGCGUACCGAUACGAGAGCUGGUGGAGUAGCCAUAUACAAGAAGAACAAGACAUCCAUAAUGGCUAUUCCUUAUACCAUCCAACAACAAGCACACGCCGAGGACGCUUGCGGUGACAUUUGUGCAGCAAUGGUGACGAUACUUAUCGAUCAAGGUCAGUUUAAUGGUCUUGAUCAAUCAUCAUCAAGGCUACUUGAAGCUGACAGUGAGUUGGAAACGAUCGAUUCCACAAACGACUAUGAGCUUUUCAUUGGGCAACAACAAACUUUGCUUUGGGACGAAGCCAAGUGUUUGGAGAUUGCACCUGCUCAGAACAGAGUAAAAAGCCCUUCAAAUGUGUCCCCACUGUUUGAAAACAUUCACUCAAUCGAUAACGCUGAAGAUACACGUCAGGUUUCACACCCGGGAAAACAUGAGAAUUUGCAUGCCACCGGGAAACUGUUCGAUUGUCGCGAUUGUGGUAAAAAGUAUAACACAUAUGUGUCCAAACGCAAGGUUUCUAAUACAAACGUAAAGGAAAAGAUGUACUCGUGUAAAAUAUACAGCCAAACAUUCAAGCAUCAGCAAAGCAGGGUGUACCACAUGAGUAACAAAACCAAACACAAACGGCUCGACAGAGGUUUUUAG